GCAGUCAAUCGUUGACUCUCAGUCAACGCCGCCAGCUCACGGCGGCGCGGCACCGUACAUAUUCAGGUAGUUCGUUGCAAUUUCCCAAAUCCAAAUCCCGACAAACUCGUCCCCCUAUAUAUAUAUAUAUACACACAUACAUACAUAAUCAGCAUUCAAUAUAAUAUACCAAACAAUACAUUAACUUUAUAAAUUUUCCAUCCACCGGAAAACCAAAAUGGUGGCGGCGGCGCUUCGCCGGAAUAUUCCACACGCGAUAAUGAUCUCACUCCCAUAUCAGGGCCACGUCAACCCUUUCGUCAGCCUCGCCCUCAAGCUGGCCUCCCGAGGCAUCGCCGUCACCUUCGUCCACCUCGACCACAUCCACCGCAGGCUGUCGGAGUCCCGCGGCCGCGGCGCCGCCGCCGAUUCCGAUAUCUUCGCGGAGGCGCGGCGAUCGUCGCCGGAGCUGGACAUACGGUACACCACGAUCAGCGAUGGGUUACCUUUGGAGUACAAUCGUGACGAAAAUGCCCUCGAGUAUUUUACACACUUGAUCGAGGAUUUUCCGAAAGUCGCGGAUAAGUUCGUCGGAAAGUUGAUCGCCGGCGACAUGGCUGAUUCCGGCAGCAGGCUUAUCCAUUUCCUGGUUGCCGAUACAGUGUGGUCGUGGCCGGCAGCCAUUGCUAGAAAAUAUAACCUUAUAAAUGUGUCGUUUUGGACGGAACCGGCCCUGAUUUUCUCUCUGUGCUAUCAUUGGGAUAUUAUGCGACAAAAUGGUCAUGUCGCCAAAGAUAAUGAAACCGAGGUGGAAAUAACCUAUCUUCCGGGGAUCAAGACAAUCAGUUCGAGAGAUUUAAUGUCGUACAUGAACGAAAAUGAAGGAAUCCUCGCAAAAACUUUGACAGUAAUAUUCGAUGAUAUUAAAAAAACAGAUUUCAUCCUCCACAACACAGUUCAAGAAUUAGAAUCCCAAACACUCUCAGCUCUCUCCAAGCACCAGCCCAAUUACGCAAUCGGGCCCAUUAAUUUCUCCAAAAACCUUCCGACCACCGCCGUCAGCAAGAGCUUCUGGUCGGAAUCCGAACUCUGCAAUAACUGGCUGGACUCCAAGUCCCGCGGCUCAGUCCUGUACGUCUCGUUCGGGAGCGUGGUCCAGAUCCCGAAACAAGAGCUCCACGAAAUCGCCCAUGGCCUCCUUCUCAGCGGCGUCGAUUUCCUGUGGGUCGUCCGCGCCGGAAUUUCAAGCGACGGCGGCGAUGUGUUGCCGGAGGGGUACGAGGAGAAGAUUCGGGAUUCGGACAGGGGAUUGGUGGUGCCGUGGUGCGACCAGAUUAAGGUUCUAGAAAGUCCGGCGGUCGGAGGGUUUCUGACGCACUGUGGGUGGAAUUCGACGGUGGAGAGCAUGUGGUGUGGGGUGCCGAUGAUUUGCCGGCCGGUGACGUUUGACCAGCCGACGAAUAAGAAGCUGGUGGUGGAUGAUUGGGGGGUGGGGGUGGAUCUUUACGACGGGGGUGGGUCAAAGGUUGACCGGAAAGGAGUUGCAGAGAAGAUUCGGAGAUUUAUGAAUUCGGACAAGGUGAGGAAGGCGGCGAGUCAUGUGAAGGAGACUGUGAGGAAUGCGAUGGCGAUCGAGGGUUCGUCGGAGAGGAAUUUUGAAAGGUUUGUCGGAGAUUUGAAUGCCAAAAUUCAAUCAUCUUGUUAAUUCCAAUUGUUUUGAAUUCUUGAUUAUGUUUUGAAUGAAAUAAAAAAUUUUGUUAGUUUUUGGAUA